CUGUCUCGUUCCGGGAAAGGGAAGAGUUGACUCGAUAAAAUUUAAGUUGAGAAGAUUUCAGAGGAGGAAAACAUAGUCUGGCUGAGGCAGGACAGCUGCGAGCAUCUGGUGCGAGGCUGACGGCAGUCUGGUGUGAGAAGGAGAAAAUGCACUGAUGACUGGAUCCCGUCCCAAUCUCUGUCGAAUAAUGAUCAGAGACCUUUUCAUUGUGCGCCAUCCUGUCUCUGUGUGUGUACCUGUGAACCACAAAGUGACUCUGAGUGUCCGUGCAGAGGGCACAGGUAUCCUCAACUACCAGUGGUUCACUGAUGAUGAAAAGGAGGUAUCUGGUGGUACUCAAGCAGACUUGACCAUAACAGCUAAGAAAACACAGCUCUAUGUGUGCCGAGUGCAUGACCACCUUUGUAACUGCGUGUUCAGUGACUGGGUGAAAGUGAAGGUGUUGGACAUUGAUAAAUCAGGUUUACCGGUACACUGGCAGGGUGAGCCGCACAUUGCUGUCAACCCUAAACCACAGACGGUCCGAAAAGGUUCAAAACUCACUCUCCAUUGUGUAGCCUUUGGCAUCCCCUCUCCAUACUAUCAGUGGUACAGAAAUGGACAGCCUCUGCAGGACAUGACUGGUGACAUGCUGCAAAUUGACUGUGCAACAGCCGAACAUGGAGGAUCAUACCUGUGCUCGAUUUCUAACGUGCUUGAAGAGAGAUGGACUGAACCAGUUGAUGUUGACAUUGUGCAAACUGAUCAGCUUCCUCCUGCAGCACCCACAGCCUCAGAUAAAGUUGCCCUACUUAUUGGCAACCUGAAUUACUCCAACCACCCUGGCUUGACGGCCCCCAUUAUGGAUGUACAUGAGUUGGCCAACCUCCUGCAGCAGCUUGGCUUCAGAGUGGUUUCACUGCUGGAUCUCACCAGGGAGGAGAUGCUGGCUGCUAUCGAAAAGUUCAUUCAGCUGCUUGACAGAGGAGUUUAUGCCCUUUUCUACUAUGCGGGUCAUGGGUAUGAGUGCGCUGGGAGGAAUUACUUGGUGGCUGUUGAUGCUCCACAACCGUACCAACCUGAAAACUGUGUCUGUGUGCAGAGGGUCAUGCUCAGCAUGCAGCAAAAACGGACUGCACUGAGUGUAACCCUACUGGAUACCUGUAGGAAAUGGUACAACCAGGAUUGCAUACCUUCAGUCAUCAUGCCAUUGAAACCCAGUGGGAAUACUGUUUAUGGUUAUGCCACAUGUGAAGAUGCUGAGGCUUUCGAGGUCCAGGACGGAGGGAAAAGUACUGGAAUCUUCACUAAGUACUUGAACAAGCACAUCCUUCAGUCCAAGAAGGUCACACAUGUCUUAGAGAAGGUGUCUGAGGAUCUUGGCAGAGAUCCUUUAGUUACGGGCAAGCAGGCGGUGGAGAUCAAACACACCCUGAAGGAACCUCGAUCCCUUGCAGAUCCAGUUCGGACCACUGGCCACACGAAGGAACUACAUUUGCGAGACGUGUGCUGGAGACAAGCAAAUGAGCUACCACGGAAGAAGCGGCUGAUGUUUGUUUGCGGAGUAGAAGUGGAAGUCAGCUUCUCAGCUUUGUUCUCUAAUGUCUUAGUGGUUUUUGCCACUGUAAAGACCACAGGCCCCCGAACCCAGGACUGCACCGUCACUCUGAACAGCACACCUCCAUUGGAAGACAUAUUCUCUGGCCCUGGCAGGUCAGAGGAGAUGGACUCUCUACUAUUUAAGAACUCUGAUAACCCAGACUGCACAUUGAGGCUUUGCGCUCUUCAGAGGCUAAAGGAAUCGCUGGUCAUCAAGGUGGAUGUACACUAUACUCACACAGACAGUAAGCUGCGUCAGACAGAAAGCCAGCAUGUGGACAUAGGAAAACCUCUGGUGGCAUCCUGUAAAUUGUACAGGAAGGGGAAUCAUGCAGCAACAGCCAAAAAACACGAGGAUGCUUCUGCUCGAAGCAUGGGCAACAUUUCAAGCAGCAAACCACGGCUGCAUCAGAAUCUGGCUGGUCCAUGUCGCCCUUUCACCAGGAAGGCAGAGUGCGCUGCUAAAGUUACAAGGAGCAAUGAACCUGAAGAGAAUGAUGAGAAUGAACUGCGAGAUCUUACUCUUCAACAUUAGACCUUUCUGUUUCUUUCUGGUUCUAUUACUGUAAAUACUACUUUGAGACUUUUAUGUUUUGUUUUUUUUUUUUUUUAAUUGAUGCGAUUAGGAAUUGCUCAGUUGCUGAUCAUGUAACUUACUUGUCCGUGGUUGAUGAUGAUGAAUGAGUGAGCGAAUAACUGCGAUUUGUGUUUAGUUUGUCUUAGCCUUAAUUUCUUAGCUCAACACUGAAGAAACAUUAACACUUAGUUUUCCUAACCACUGAUUUCAUUAUAAAUUUUGUAAUAAUUAAAAUAUUACAUGGUGAAUGACACUUUUUCAUUAGUGGCAAGCUGGCUAGCCUAAUUUAUCUAAUAAAGACCAUUGCUAUCAAUAAUUUAUCUAAUAAAGACCCCACUGACUUACCA